AUGUCGUUGUUUAAAGCCGGUCGCAAGCAGAACGAAAAGUUCAACCGCAAGCGUUCAAAGGGCGCUCCGAAAGAGAGCAUCAUCCCCAGCAAAACAUCCCGCCAGGACUACGAAGAUGAAGAAAUCGACAGUGAUGAAGAGCUAGAGAAACAGCAACAGAAACAACCCGAAAUUGACGAUGAUGUGGCAGCGCUCGAAACCACCCAGGACAAACGCAUUCGUUUGGCCAAGCAGUAUUUGCGUCAGGUGCAGGAAGAGGAACAGGAACGUGAUGAUUACGCGGACGAAAGCGAACUUGCCAGUGGUGUGGCCCGCACACUGAAAGAAUCCUUUCUCAGUGCAUCGGGCAAAUCGCACCGUACACUGGGCGGCAAGUACACCGGUUACGAGCUAACCGAAGCUGUCUCGUUUCACUGGAAAAAGCAACGUCUAUCCCCAACCUGUUGUGCCCUGUCGGAUGACGAUGCAUUCCUGUAUGUGGGUUGCAAGAGUGGUUGGGUCGUGCGAUGGGAUGUAAAAUCGAAACAACGAACGGCUUACUUCCAGGCGAAAAAUAGCGUCAUACACUCGAUUGCAGUGUCCCACGAUAUGAAGUAUCUGGCGGUGGCGGACGGAACGGAGGACAUAAAGGUGCUCGAUGGUGUUAGCUUGAUACAGCGCAACACGCUCAAAGGACACUCGAAAACGGUUACGGGAGUUGUUUUUAGGAAAAGCUCGUACCAACUGUUCUCCUGCAGCGCGGACCGAACGGUGAAGGUGUGGAGCUUGGACGAGAUGGUGUACAUCGAGACGCUGUACGGUCACCAGAGCCAGGUGUCGGGCAUUGAUGCACUUUCGCUCGAACGUAUCGUCACCUCGGGUGGCAUGGAUCAAACGAUACGCAUCUGGAAGGUGGCAGAAGAAUCGCAGCUUGUGUUUAACUCAAUUGCAGAAGAUUUUUCCACCGUUAAGUUUGUUAGUAAUGAUUUGUUCGUGUCCGGUUCGGUGGAGGGAACGUUCUCGCUGUGGAGCAGUGGGAAAAAGAAACCAUUGCAUCGCAUCAAGUUUGCACACGGCCAGCAAGACGUCGGUCAUCCGAAUUGGAUCAGUGCGGUGGGCGUCCUGGCCAGCUCGGACAUUGUUGCGUCCGGUUCUUGCGAUGGUACGGUGCGCGUCUGGAAGCUCGUGAACAAACGGCACACAAUUCAACCUUUGCUGCAAAUUCCUGUCGAGGGAUUUGUGAACGCGAUCGAGUUUACCAGCGAUGGGCGGUUUCUGGUGGUGGCGAUUGGACAGGAACACCGGCUAGGGCGCUGGUGGACGCUGCGAAACACUAAGAAUCAGGUUCUCAUGAUUCCGUUAUCUAUCGAUUUGUAAAGAUGCACAAUA